ACAUUUGGUGAAAUCACCCUAUAACGGGAACAUGAGUAAGAUCUUAUGGAACUGUAUGCAAAUAAAGAAGGCAGGGAAAUAGGGUUCGGAGGGAAAUAUGGAGCAAACAUCAAUGAAUGACGGAGCAGACUUGAUAAGCCAAAAUGCCUAAUUCUGUUCGUAUAAUUUACGUGCUUAUGUUUAUUUAUUGAAAUUUUGAUCACUGGUUUAUUAAUCCGUGUAAUUCAUGAACCUAUGAGCAAGAUCUCACUGAUGUGGAUGGAUGCAAAAAAAAAAUUCACUGUACUUGUAUGUGGCCAAAAAAGUACCAUUGAUGGAGCAACUCAGUAUCUGGCCUCAAACGCCGCCUGUCCUGUUCUGCAGUGAUGCUACCGGACCUGUUGAGCGACUCCAGCCUUUUGUAUGUGGGGUUUUUUUUUCAGAGCAUAAAUCUCAAACGACUAGUGUUUGCAGUUCUCAGUGUAAAUCAGUAACCGGAGUACUCUCCCUGUACCAACUAUAAUUCAACACCGCUGCACAACCACCCACCCCUCCCCUCCCUCCUUUUCACAGCUACACCGGGUUUAUCGCUAAGGUAAACCCCCUCCCUUGUGCAAGUACUUGUAAGCCGAAGCUUGAAGCCGCCGCGGCAUCCAGCGGGGAGAAGGAGACGAGGAGGUGGCGGCGGCGGCGGCGGCAGCAGCAGGGGAAGUGAUCCCAUGUCGACUGUCUGGGGCAAGGCCGCAAGCCGCGGGCUCGGCCGGCGUCCGCUGCUGAUCCUCUGUGCUUGUCUCCGGCUGUGCUCCACCUCCACCGACGGUCGUGGCGGAGGUUCUCCCUGGGCCGAGCAUUACGGCACCAAGUCGAGAUACCGGGCUGUGGAAGGUGGCGGCGAGGACGGCCCGUCACCAUGGCGACCGCCGGCCCGCUGCGUCCAACUUCACCUCAGCGGCCUGAUCCGCCACGGCACCCGCUACCCCACCAGCAGGAACGUGCCCCGCAUGGCCGAGGCGCACCGGCUGGUGAAGGAGCGGGCGGACACCGGCCUGGGGCUGGUGCGGGACCUGGCCGCCUGGCGCAUGUGGUACGACGGGCGGAUGGACGGCCGCCUCCACCACCUGGGCGCCUCCGAGAUGGCGGCGCUGGCCGAGCGGCUGUCCGCCGGUUUCCCGCGACUCCUGCGGCUCCGGAGCCGUGAGACGGAGCGCCUCCAGUUCUUCACCAGCUCCAAGCACCGCUGCGUCAACAGCACCCUCUCCUUCAUCCGAGGCCUGGACGGAGCCUCGGGCCCAGGCCCAGGGGGCCGCUGGCAGGUCGAUGACGGCCUCCUGCGCUUCUACGACACCUGCCAGAAGUUCAUCCGGCAGGUGGAAAACAACGACACCGCCCUGUACCAGGUGGACAAGUUCAAGCAAGGCCCCGAGAUGGGCCGAGUGGUCGGCAAGAUGGCGAAGAAGCUUGGAGUGUCACCGGACGCCAUCAGCGUUGAUGUGGUGGAAGCAACAUUUUAUCUCUGCACUUACGAAUUCAUCCUUAAAGGCAUCGUUUCUCCCUGGUGUGAUCUUUUCGAUAAGAAAGAUGCAGAGGUACUGGAAUACUUGGGUGACCUAAAGCAGUACUGGAAGAGAAGCUAUGGAUAUAAAAUAAAUGGUCUCUCUAGCCACAAGCUAUUCCAGAACAUAUUCCAAUAUAUGGACCAGACCAUCGAAGAGAAUGAGAGGAACCAAACGAUAUCACACCCCGCUGUCUUGCGAUUUGGCCAUGCAGAGACCCUCCUGCCAGUUUUGACUCUCAUGGGGUAUUUUCAGGAUGAACGGCCCUUACUAGCGAGCAAUUUUGAAGAGCAGAGGAAUCGCAAGUUUAGAAGCGGGCGGAUUUCGCCUCUUGCCGCAAACCUGAUCCUUGUGCUGUACCAAUGCCAUGAAGCCCAGAGCCUCGGGGAAAAGUACAAGCUCCAGUUGUUCCUGAACGAAAGGCCUCUGCCGUUUCCUCAGAGCGGGAAACUUGUCUCGGACUACGACGAAGUGAAGAACCACUACCAGCAUCUUAUUGACACACUGAAGUUUAGCAAUAUCUGUGAUGACAGCAACUGCUACAAUUUUAUUUUCUUUCUCGUUCUCAUUUUAUUAUUUAUAGCUUAUUUUUAAAUUUAUCCUCGGUUUGAAAUUCUGCGUCCAUAUAUCACGCUCUGUAGGAUUUAUACUCCAGCAUCGUAUUGCUCUGUAGCUCAGAAGGGAGCCAGACAGCCUGAAACAUUUAGGCAAUGAAUCCUACAUCCUACCACAAGUUCACCUCAUAAGUGAUAGAAGCAGAAUUAGGCCCUUCGGCCCAUCAAGUCUACUCCGCCAUUCAUUCAUGGCUGAUCUAUCUCUCCCUCCUAACCCCAUUCUCAUGCCUUCUCCCCAUAACCCCUGACACACAAACUAAGCCAUGAUCACCAUGAAUGGUGAAGCAGGCUCGAAGGGCCAAAUGGCCUCCGCCUGCACCUAUUUUCUAUGUAAUCAAAAAAUCUAUCUGUUGCUACCCUAAAAAUAAUCCAUUGAUGGCCUCCACAGCCGUUUGCGGCAACAUUUCAGACUUACUUUUUUUUUUCCAUGCACUUUAUUCAAUUAGCUGUCGUCUGCUUUCAUCACAUUUUCAGCUAUUUUGGAUCAGCGUCGCAAAUAAAUAUCCUACUAUUUCCUAUUUCGAUCGUGUAACAAGAAAAAUAACCCAUGUUGGAGGGUCACAUUUCCUCAGAACUCGAAUAAUGACGUUAUUCUUUCGGCCUCACUUUGUUGCUGCCACUGUUGUGGAAACUCACUUGAGAAAAGUAGAACAGUUUCAGACAUAGAAACAAAGAAAAUAUGUGCAGGAGGAGGCCAUUCGGCCCUUCGAGCCAGCGCCGCCAUUUAUUGUGAUCAUGACUGAUCGUCCCCAAUCAAUCAGCCCCCGUGCCUGCCUUCUCCCCAUAUCCCUCGAUUCCACUAGCCCCUAGAGCUCUAUCUAACUCUCUCAUGCAACACAUGCGACACUUGCACCUUUCCAAGCUUAGCCAGACCAGUUAGAUUCCAGACUCCACCUCUCCCACCGAUCUGAUUAAGGUCAGAUCAGCAAAGCAAUCGAGAGGAGGCAGAAAAAUUAAGAUGAAAAAGGACAAAAAAUGCAGCUGCACUUAUACAACUGGACUGUUACCGAAUGUUUAAGGAGGAACUGCAGAUGCUGGAAAAUCGAAGGUAGACAAAAAUGCUGGAGAAACUCAGCGGGUGAGGCAGCAUCUAUGGAGUGAAGGACAUAGGCAAUGUUUCGGUUCGAAAGCCUUCUUCAGACUGUUACUGAAUGCUGGUCUUCAGAAGUAGCAAGCGGUCCACAGGUGAAGGUAUGAAGAUUGGAAACUAAUUUCUUCUUUCGAGCUGCUUGAGUAUAAAAAAAAUACAGAUCAUGGCGCGUCAAAAAAAAAAAAAAGUUAUUUAUUGUAAAUUCCACUUGGGGUUGGUGGAUUCUGCGGUGGCAAAUAACGAUGAUAAAUUAUAUUUGCUCUGUGCUAUUUUUUUUCUCCUGAGGUUUCUGGAAAGCAUAGCGUGGAAACCGGCCCUUCGGCCCACCGAGUCGGCGCCGACCAUCGAUCUUCACACACUAACACUAUCCUACACACACACACACACACACACUGGGGACAAUUUACACAUACACCAAGUCAAUUAACCUACAAACCCGUGCGUCUCUGGAUUGUGGGAGGAAUCCGAAGAAAACUCGGAGAAAACACACGCAGGUCACAGGGAGAACGGACAGACUCAGUACAGACAGCACCCGUAGUCGGGAUCGAACCCUGGUCUCUGGCUCGGCAAGGCAGCAACUCUACCUCUGCGCCACCGUGCCGCCGUAAAAUAAUCAUAGCACUUUAGGAAAUUGAAAGCACACUCAUAGAUAACUAUUCAUCGCAACUACCACUGGGGGUUGGUGCAUUAUACCGUCGCACAUAAUGAGAAUAAAUUAUAUUUGCUGUGGGUCAUUUUUUCCCCGUAAGGUGUAGAGGAUUAAAGCAAUUAUGAUUAAACAAUGCUGCAUCAGAUAAAGCAAUGGAUGAGACUAUACAAUCAACUAUUGGAAUGCAGCAUUACGCAGCAGCUGUAACCCCGGCACUCCCUCUCUCCCCAUCCCUCCCCCGCCCAACUCGCACCAGGUUCCUGUUCUCAUCUAGCAAGCAGCUCACAAUCACCUGUUUCCUUUAUCAUCGUUAUUUUUUUGCAUACCUUUCAUUCAUUGUUCUAUAUCUCUCUACGUCACCGUCUAUUUCUCUCGUUUCCCUUUCCCCAGACUAGUUUGAAGGAGGGUCGACCCGAAACGUCACCCAUUCCUUCUCUCCAGAGAUGCUGCCUGUCCCGCUGAGUCACUCCAGCAUUUUGUGCCUUAUCUUAAGUUUAAAACAACAUCUGCAAUUCCUUCCUGCAGUUAACAGGUGUAUGCAUGUAAAUGUAUCACAAUACAUGGCAACAUCACGAUAUGCAAUAGGGCUUGUUUAACUGGGAAACAUAACAAGCCAUGUCAUGGAUGCAUCACCAGAUAAAUACCUGUGACUAGUGCAGGCAUCCAUAGAAACAUAGAAACAUAGAAAAUAGGUGCAGGAGUAGACCAUUCGGCCCUUCGAGCCUGCACCGCCAUUCUAUAUGAUCAUGGCUGAUCAUCCAACUCAGUAUCCUGUACCUGCCUUCUCUCCAUACCCCCUGAUCCCUUUAGCCACAAGGGCCACAUCUAAUUCCCUCUUAAAUAUAGCCAAUGAACUGGCCUCAACUACAUUCUGUGGCAGAGUCAUCAUGAGACCAUCCAGUCUCAUCAUGAGACCAGUUGCUCCAGUCAAGGUUGUUGACCUGCACGGAGAUAGUUGGGGCGAGGAGAGUGGGGCCAGUCGAGGGCACUGUUUGCGCUGAAGAUUCGCCUAUUGCAACCCAAGCAGACUUUACAGAUCCAAUCCAAACAAAUUGAUGAGUUUACUUUGUGCAAAGAGGCCUGCACGACGGCGCAGCAAUAAAGUCGCUGCCUCAAAGCGCCAGAGACCCAGGUUCGAUCCAGACUAUGGGUGCUGUCUGUACAGAGUUUGCAUGACCUGCGUGGGUUUCUCCUGGUGCUCCAGUUUUCUUCCACACUCCAAAGACGUACAGGUUUGUAGGUUAAUUGCCUUGGUAAAAUUGAAAAUUGUCUAUUGUCCAUAAGUGUGUGUAGGAUAGCGCUAGUGUAGACGGUGUAGACGGUGGGUGGAAGGGCCUGUUUCCAUGCUGUAUCUCUAAAGUCUAAAUGGUGGCCGUUUGGGAAAGGGGGAGAUGCAGCGAGACCUGGGUGUCAUGGUACACCAGUCAUUGAAGGUAGGCAUGUAGGUGCAGCAGGCAGUAAAGAAAGCGAAUGGUAUGUUAGCUUUCAUUGCAAAAGGAUUUGAGUAUAGGAGCAGAGAGGUUCUACUGCAGUUGUACAGGGUCUUGGUGAGACCACACCUGGAGUAUUGCGUACAGUUUUGGUCUCCAAAUCUGAGGAAGGACAUUAUUGCCAUAGAGGAAGUGCAGAGACGGUUCACCAGACUGAUUCCUGGGAUGUCAGGACUGUCUUAUGAAGAAAGACUGGAUAGACUUGGUUUAUACUCUCUAGAAUUUAGAAGAUUGAGAGGGGAUCUUAUAGAAACUUACAAAAUUCUUAAGGGUUUGGACAGGCUAGAUGCAGGAAGAUUGUUCCCGAUGUUAGGGAAGUCCAGGACAAGGGGUCACAGCUUAAGGAUGAAGGGGAAAUCCUUUAAAACCGAGAUGAGAAGAACCUUUUUCACGCAGAGAGUGGUGAAUCUCUGGAACUUUCUGCCACAGAGG